GAUAGGACACUCGAUAGGAGGGGAGGGCUUGGGUUAUCCCAGGAUAUUGCAGGCUUCGGUUGUGUUGUAUUUGUGUGUUAUAUGACAGUUCGUGAUGUACAACUCAGCUGAGAGGAGGGCUUUAUGAGAAGAUAAAAAUAUGGGUCUUUUGACGGAUCCUGGCAUGGAACGCAGUCGUCUACCUGCUAUACUAGAGAAGCAUCAUAGACCAAUUUGCAUUGUGUUAUAUGUAGUGGGCAUAAUUUGGUUUGUUGCUCUAGCACACAAUGCCUUCAACCAUGGGACAUAUUUCUCUGAGAAUGCUCUUCUUCCGGGAUUGGUACAAGGAGAUUUCCACAGUGACUCCUUGGCUACACAGUACCUGGAGAGUUUGAAAGAGGAGGCAGAAAAGCACACAUCUGGAAUGCCAUAUUCGUGGCUAGGUGGUCAGUUUACACAACUGGGCCUGGACACAUUUACUCAUAACUUUACCUUGCAUUACCCACUGGGUUCAGAAAAAGUUUUUACUGGUAAAAAUGUUUAUGGUAUUCUAAGAGCUUCUCGUGGGAGCAGCACAGAGGCUGUAGUUGUCUCAGCUCCUUACAGACCGCCAACAUCACUCCUCCAGGGGAAUGCACCUUCCAUUGCCCUUAUGCUGGCAAUGGCUAGCUUUUUCUCAAAGCAAGUGUACUGGGCAAAAGACUUGAUCUUCCUGGUGACUGAACAUGAGCAGCUGGGAGCUCAGGCAUGGCUUCAGGCAUACCACCGCACACAAAGUGGAGCAGGUGUUCUAGAUCAUGGAGAUCUUGAAGGCAGGGCUGGGGCUAUUCAGGCUGCCAUAAACCUGGAGAUCCAUAGUUCUCAAGUGAGUCAUAUUGAUGUGAAAGUGGAAGGACUUAAUGGCCAGCUUCCAAACUUGGACCUGUUCAACUUAAUACAUCGCCUUUGCCAGAGAGAGAAUGUCCACCAUACCUUCAAGAACAGGGGAAACCAUCCUCAGCCAGAGACCUUCCAUGGAUGGCUCCACCAAGUAGGCACACUCUUCUCCAUGAUCUCUUCACAAGCAUCAGGAGUUCCCACAGGAAACCAUGGAUUAUAUCACAGGUAUGGCAUUGCUGCGGUAACAUUGGAGGGUCAGCACAGCAUGCACCACCCUCGGAAUCGGCGCAGCGUGUCUUUCCAGCAGUUGGGGCGGGUGCUUGAGGGCGUCUGCCGCUCCCUGAACAACCUGCUGGAGCGAUUCCAUCAGUCCUUUUUCUUCUACCUCCUGCCGGCCACUAAUCGAUACAUCUCAAUAGGUGUGUAUAUGCCUCCAUUUGGGAUGAUUGCCGGUGGUAUUUUGGUGAAGGCAUUGGCCCUGUGGUACUCCACAAGCUGUGCAUCUGAGCAACAAGAACAAGAGAAGAAGGUGAAGAAGAUUGAUUAUGGUCUUCUUGGUGGAUUUCCUACAGUUGUGAUGGUUCACAUAGUGAGUGUCCUGCUACACAAUGCUCCCUAUAGGUUUUCUCAAGUAGGCCGCUACUUGGCACUGUCAGCAGAGGAUAGUGUCUUUCUCGGAACAUUUGCAUUCUGUGUGUCACUACUAGUUCUUCCCUACUAUAUCAACAAAAACCUGGGGUUACAAAAUCGAAGUUGGGAAAUUGUGAAGAUAUUUGCAGUUCUUGAAUUGGGCAUUCUGGUGUUUGCUGGAGCAGUGUACAAUUUCUCUCUUGCAUUGAUAGUUACAGUUGUAUAUACACCUUUAGCUCUGUUGACCUCCCCAUCAAAAUCAAGGUGGAGACGGUGGUCAAAGGCAGCAGUCCUGCUCUUGGCUCACCCCCUGACAAUGCUGUUCCUGUUCGUCCUCAUGGACACUUGGUCUAACUUUGACGACCUUCCUCCAAAUAAGUUGCUCUGGAAGACAUACAUAGCAACAAAAAGAGCUUUCAUGUACAGUGUGGUUGACGGGUUGAUUUAUUCAAAUUGGGUUUAUGAUGUUGCAGUGCAGUGUUUACUUCCUGUGUGGCUCCUCUUUUGGCAGAUAGCUCUUCAUCCCCUUCAGUAAGAGCUUUUGGGCUCGGCACAUAUGCUGAGUAGCUGAGGCUCACCGUUAUAGCUGUGUUUUACAUUAAGUGAUGUGAUUAUUUCAGAAUUCGCACACACCACGCACACACACAUGCACACAUGCAUACACGCAUACAUAAUUGUAUAUUUGCUGUAUGUAUGUAUCUGUAUGUGUAUCUGUCUGUCAGUGAUUUUUCCUCCUUGUAUUAACAUGAAUUGAUACAAAGUUAUUGUCACAAAAAUGUCUUGAUAUUAUCUGCGAAAUACAUUGAUAAUAUGAAUACAGGAAUUUGGAUAUCAGAUUUAGUUUGAUAUUACUUUUAUGCUAAUUAUUUUAUCAAAUGGCAGGUUUUAAGAUUUGAUAUUACUAUCUAUAUAGUAUAACAUGAUAGUGGGCUUGUUUCCAUUAUUGUGAAAAUUUGGUUAUAUCUCUUUGUCCCUAUGAAAAAGGCAUUAAGUAGUAAUAUAUUUAUGCACAUUUACAAUCUAUUUUAUGUGCGUGCAUGUGUGCGUGGGCGUGUGUGCGUGUGCAUGUGCGUGUGUGUGUGUGUGUGUGUGUGUGUGUGUGUGUGUGUGUGUGUGUGUGUGUGUGUGUGUGUGUGUGUGUGUGUGUCUUUAUAACUAUUUUGGUAUUGAUAUGUGAUUGUUAACUGGAGGCUGUCAGUUUGUAAUUCAUUAUUGCUAGCCUGUAGCCCAAACUUUAUUUAACAUUUCUGAACACUGAGACAAACUAGGAAUUAUCAUUAUGCUUCAGUGUGAGAGCCAGUACUAACACCUUUGAAUCUUUGAGUUGGACUAGAAUGGGAUUCAAAGAAAUAAUUGGUCUUUUUCUUACAAAUUGCCUUGCUGCCAGCGUAAAAUCAAAUAAGUUAAAGCAUGGUAACUUAAAGCCAAACAGAAUGGUGGUAAAUCAUAAACAGAAACACAGAGUAUGUCAUGUGGUUUCUCUGUUCAAAAAGCCUCUUGUUGUAGGGAGAUUCUAAGUAAGAAGCAGUUGAGAUGAGUUCAGUACAAGUCUGUGAGACCAGAUGAUUUUUGAAGCUGAAAUGCACAUAAUCUAAUUAAGAUUUGAAAAUUAGAAACCAACAGUGUUUAAUUUAAUGGUUAUUAUGCCAAUGAGUAGGCAUAUAUGAAAUGAAAAAGUUUUCUACCUUCAGCAAGGUCAAGAGCAGAAACAGGAGCCUUCAGACACAAAGUUAAUCAUCAGAGGCAACAGAAUAUAUACUUCAAAGUAUUUGCCUUCAUUUCUCUUUGAGUACUUCAUUGGAUUACCUUAAAAUUAUUGCAGCAUUAUUGAAUAGUGGGCCUAUUCCUGAGUCCUUCCACUAAAACCUUAUCUGCUGCCAUAGAGUCAGCUGUAAAGAUCUGGACAAGACUGCAUCAGUCCUUUUUUUCAAAAAUUGAGGCAUGGGAUAUCACAAUCCAUCACAUACAUAGUGAAAAGUGUAAGUGUCAGUUCUCAGACUUUGUAAGACUGCCUAAGGCUGCCUGCAUUUUGAAUAAGUAACCACAGAAUAUGUUGUACUUGUCCUUUGUGAAACAUGAUAUAAAGUAUAGGAAGGAGUUAGAGAUGCACUAGUCAAGUGAGUUUCAGAACAAGUAAAAUCUGUUGUUUGAAAAACAUGAUCGUUUUGUAAACAAUGUCAUAUUUAUAUUAAUAACUAGGAAAGGGUAUAUAUGUUUGUGUGUGUGAAUAUAUAUAUAUAUAUAUAUAUAUAUAUAUAUAUAUAAUUUAAUUUCUGUAUAUGUAUGUAAUAUUAUUUCCUGUUUGUAUUGCCAGAGAGGACCAAAGAAUAUGACUAGGUUGUGAAACUUACAUACAUUUGAUAUAAUUAAGCAUCUUCCUUGAACUUAUUUACAGAAUAUACAGUUUGUGUCAACAAUAUCAUGAUACAGUACUUAUUUAAGUGAACUGUUAGUGACAUAGGACCAUAUGUAUCUCAGUAUAAUUGUCAUUCCAUUAUUAAUCAAGUGUGGGAUACUGGAUAUUAUUUUGUGCAGUUGACAACAAUUAUCUUGUAGUAGUUUUUAGUAUUGUUUUACAGAAAAUAAAGUCCUACGCGAGAGAAACAGUAA